GUCUUUUUUAAUAAAUGUGUGAGGUCAUAGCAGACUGCAGCAGCAUCGGAGGAGAGUCGUGACCAAAGGUGAAGAGAUGAACCUGAGAUCCUCCAGAGGACUGUCACCUGUGAUCCGAGGAGCUCUUUAUGUCCACCUGCUGGCUGGGAUCAUUCUGCCGUCUCACUCAGAGAGCAUGCCCAGUUUUGUCCGGUCCCCAGAAGAUCAGACGGGUAUUUCAGGAGGAGUGGUAUCCUUCAUCUGUCAGGCUGUGGGGGAGCCAAGACCCCGCAUCACUUGGACCAAGAAAGGGAAGAAAGUCAGCUCCCAACGAUUUGAGGUGAAGGAGUUUGAUGGUGGUUCUGGCUCAGUUCUGCGUAUCCAACCUCUGAGGACCAACCGGGAUGAAGCCAUCUACGAAUGUACGGCCACCAACAGCAUGGCGGAAAUCACCUCUACUGCCAAGCUGAACGUCUUGGAGGAGGACCAGAUACCCCACGGUUUCCCCACCAUAGACAUGGGGCCCCAGCUGAAAGUCGUAGAGAGAACCACCACAGCAACAAUGCUCUGUGCAGCCAGCGGGAACCCUGACCCAGAGAUCUUCUGGUUCAAAGACAUGCUGCCUGUGGACACCAGCAGCACCAACGGGCGAAUCAAACAGCUGCGUUCAGGUGGUACACCAAUAAGAGGAGCGCUUCAGAUCGAGAACAGCAACAUGUCAGAUGAGGGCAAGUAUGAGUGUGUGGCAGUCAACAGUGCUGGGACCCGGUUCUCCAGUCCGGCUAACCUUUACGUUCGAGAUCAGCGAGAAGUCCGCCGGGUGCCUCCCCGGUUCUCCAUCCCUCCCACCAGUCAUGAGGUGAUGCCGGGGGGCAGUGUUAACCUGACCUGCGUGGCAGUUGGCUCUCCAAUGCCUUUUGUAAAGUGGGUGAGUGGAGAAGUGCAGCUGUCCCAGGAAGACCACCUCCCUGUCGGUCGCAACGUCCUGGAGCUCACAAACAUCUACCAGUCUGCGAACUACACGUGUGUGGCCAUGUCUGACCUGGGCGUCAUCGAGGCCACGGCUCAGGUGGUAGUCAAAGCUCUUCCUAAGAAGCCAAUCUUCCUCGGUGUGGUGGAGACCACAGCUACCAGUGUCACUCUGUCAUGGGAGUCAGGAAAUUCUGAACCUGUGUCCUACUUUUUGGUUCAGUACCGACCCAAACUGUCUGACAACGGGUUCCAAGAAGUGGACGGUGUUGCCUCAACUCGAUACAGCAUCGGUGGCCUGAGCCCUUUCUUUGAAUACGAGUUUCGUGUCUUGGCUGUGAACAGUGUUGGUCGGGGGCCUCCCAGUAAUAUUGUGGAAACCCGAACAGGCGAGCAAGCUCCCUCAUCUCCACCUCUUCAGGUACAGGCUCGUCUGCUGAGCUCCACCACCAUCCUGGUGCAGUGGGAACCUCCAGAAGAGCCCAAUGGUCGAAUUCUGGGCUAUCGGAUCUACUACAGCUCUGAGGCCACUUCAAACCCAACGAGUCACUGGCAGCUACACAACACUGACGACAGCAAGUUCACCACCCUCUCAGGUCUGACACCAGAUGUGACGUAUAGUCUGAGGGUGCUAGGCUUCACUUCUGUGGGAGAUGGACCGCUCUCUGAUGUCCUGCAGAUCAAAACCCAGCAAGGAGUUCCAGGUCAGCCUUCCGAGUUUGAGGCUGAAGCAGAACUGGACACACGUAUAAUGUUGUCCUGGCUGUGGCCUGUCCAGGACCCCAUCAUUAGUUAUGAACUGCUGUACUGGGAGGCCAACAAAGCUGCAGACAAGCAUCGUGUCACUUUCAGUGCAGCAGGCUCCUAUGCAGUUGAAGGUCUAAAGCCAGAUACCCAAUACUUAUUUUCCCUGGCGGCUCGAUCUGAGAAGGGUUUGGGAGUCUUUACUCAACCUGUUGAAGCCAGAACCACCCAAUCCAGUGAGUGUCACACCACUUAUACAAAGAUUUUCAAAGGCUGUGAGUGCAGAGACAACUGA